CCCACUGUUUUUCUGGAAAGCAAAACGUAAAGUUGACGCCUCCUCCUCCUCCUCCUCCUCCCAUCCAUCAAUUCAUUUCAAUUCAAUUUCCCAUUCAGUCACUCCAGAAAUCUCACAGCCACUCUUGAUUUUCUUGACUUUCCCAAAAAAAAAAAAAAACCUUCUCACCAUUCUUUCAAAUUCAAGUCCCGCAACGCUUGUUGGAGCUGGCAUUCGAUCUUUCUUCAAAAUCCCAUCAAAUUUUUUUAGUUUUCUCACAUACGCUUUUUUUUUUUUAAGCUUUAUCUUUCUUUCAGAGGUCGAAGCUUUAUUUAUCUUCUUUGAAGCGGCGGAGAAGCCAUGAAAGAGAGGGGCAAAGCUGUAGAAGCAGCUCGUGAAAAUAUCGACAUGGAGUAUUACUCUUCUUCUGAAAUGCCGUGUCGAAGGCACCCCAAUUCGUCUUCUGUCGGGAUAUGCGCAUUCUGUCUGAAAGAUCGUCUGCUCCAGCUGGCUUGCUCCGACUGCGGCGAGCAGCGCCUCUCAUCCUGCUCGUGCUCCGCCGUCUCGUCGAACCGAAACUCCACUGUGGAGGUCGGCAGCGUCGGUAGAGUCUCGUUUUUGAUCGAGAACGAAAAGCAGGAGCCUUUACAAAAACCCAGCAAAACCCAAGAGAAAGAGGACGUGGUGGUGCUCCAGCGAAGCAGCAGCAGUUGUGUCGAGAUCAAGAAAAGUAAUUUUUGGAGAUUUGGGAGGUUUUUUCGGAAGAAACGAUCGGAAAAAGAUGGUGGGAAUAAGAGUGUUGGUGGGUUUGAUGAGAAAAGUGAGAUGUGGUUGGUUGAUCACAUGGGAGUUUCGAGAUCAAGGUCUCUGUGCAGUUUCAGAGGCGGGGCCCUCUUCGGAUCGGAGGAUGGCGGCGAGCAUUUGAUGGUUUCCGGUGCCCGGAGCUCCAUUUCUGCUGCGAGAAGCUCUAGCGUUACAACUGCCGGAAUGGUUUUGGAUUCCGGGAGAAAGAGCGGAUUUAGUGAAGGGAGAAAGAGCGGAUUUAGUGAGGGAAGAAAGAGCGGAUUUAGUGAAGGGAGAAGGAGUGGAUUUAGUGAGGCAGAGCCGAGAAAAAGCGGUUUUGAUGGUGAGAAGAAAGAAGAUGUUGUAGGGUUUAGCAGCGCAACGAAACGCGUUUUUUCGCUGAAAGAGAGUGAUUUCGGCAUGGAUGAAUCGAGGUUUAUCGAUUUGAAGCUCGAUUUCACGGCGGAUUCGAAGCCGGAGUUUUCGGGCAUGAGGGUGGGGAGCAUUGCAGAUGGAGAGACUGUUUUUGGGAGCAUGAGACGGAGUGAGCUUGUGGGGGAUGAAUGCGAUGAGGGUUCGUUUGGUGUUUUCAGACACGGUGGUUCAUGUAGAUUGACAGUGAAUGAGAGAGGGAUAAAGAGGGGGAGCAAAAGUUUUAAGGGUUGGAGGUGGAUUUUCAGGCAUCAUCCAAUUCCAAGCUGGGGAAGUAGUAGGAAGAAGGAUGAAGAUUUACUGUUCAAAACUUAACUGUGUUUUUUCUGCGCUUACAGAAGUAAUGGUUGUUCUUUCUUUUUCCUCAAGUCCUCAUUUUUAGUUAGUCACUAGUUACACAUUUACUGCCUCCUUCCAAUAUUUUCCUCUUUGUAUUUAUGUUGAUGUUGGUAAAUGUUAAAAGGAUGUAGCUGAUACUGAA